AGGGAGACCGAUUUGUAUGCAGAAGAGGGGCAGAGAGGAAGAAAGGGAGAGAAGCGAAGCCAAAACAGGACACCGACUCGUGGGCGCACGCAGCGGAAGCGAGAUGAAGGUGAUGGUCGCCGUCAAGCGGGUCGUCGAUUACGCUGUUAAGAUCCGGGUGAAGCCCGACAAGAGCGGGGUCGAGACGAGCAACGUAAAGAUGUCGAUGAACCCCUUCUGCGAGAUCGCCCUCGAGGAGGCCCUCCGCAUCCGGGAGGCUGGCACCGCCGCCGAGGUCGUCGCCGUCUCCGUCGGCCCCGCCCAGUGUGUCGACACCCUUCGCACCGCCCUCGCCAUGGGCGCCGACCGUGCCAUCCACGUCGACGCCGGUGCGGCGCCGGUUCUCCCCCUCUCCGUGGCUAAGAUUUUGAAGGCACUCGUCCAGGUGGAGCAGCCUGGGCUCUUGAUCCUCGGCAAGCAGGCAAUUGAUGAUGACUGCAACCAAACAGGACAAAUGAUAGCUGGACUACUUAGAUGGCCACAAGGAACUUUUGCUUCAAAGGUUGUGCUGGAUAAAGAAAAACAAGUAGCAACAGUGGAAAGAGAAGUGGAUGGUGGUAUUGAGACUCUAUCUCUAGAUUUGCCAGCAGUAAUCACAACGGAUCUGAGGUUAAAUCAGCCAAGAUAUGCAACUCUUCCCAACAUAAUGAAAGCGAAAUCGAAGGUCAUUAAAAAAGUUACACCUGCAGAGCUGAAUGUGGAGCUGAAGCCAGAUCUGGAGGUGGUUCAAGUCGCAGAACCUCCCAAAAGGAAAGCCGGUGUUAUCGUCUCCUCCGUGGAUGAGCUCAUUCACAAGUUAAAGAAUGAAGCUCGUAUCCUGUAAGAUGUUUGAUUGUUCCAUCUCCAAGUGAUCCGAGGUAGAAACCUUUGUCGCCCUAACUGAUCUCUAUCAAUCUUGCCUAAAUCAUACAAAAUUCCAAGCAUUUCAA